UUGAUUUCACAGUUCACGCCUCAAACUUAAAGCUGGGAGUUAAAUACUAUUGUUCUGAAAUAAACAAUUUAAAGCUUUCCCUUGAGUCUUAAUGAGUGCGUCAUAUUUGAUUGCAUCUUUGAGAAAACAAUUUAAACCUAACACAUUCCUAUAGAAGUUAGAAAAGCUGCGAUUGUAAGUUGAAGCUUUUGAAUAAUACAAACCAAGAGUAGCUACGUUGUUAGGUAUAUUGUACACAACGUUGAAUUAAUCGUUGGAUUACUCAUCUUUUAUUAAGACGUGCGCUGAGAAAGUUAGUCUUUUUUUGUUUGUGAUUCCAUAACAAAUUCGGUUUAAAAUCGAUAAAAUCUCUUGAUAGGAAACUUUUAAACAUCAAUAAAUACUCAAACAUGGAUUAUAAGCCACAACCCUGCGUUACUGCUGCACCCAAUUUCAAUGCGUCCGAAGAUGCUUCUGCCCUUCGGUCGGCCAUGAAAGGAUUCGGCACUGAUGAAGAAACAAUUAUAAAUAUUCUCACAUCACGAACGAAUAAGCAACGCCAACUUAUUAAGGAGGUUUUCAAUAAGGAAUACGAACGCGACAUUAUCGAUGACCUUAAAGGGGAAUUGGGCGGCAACUUCGAAAACGUAAUAAUUGCCCUCAUGACUCCGACGGAGGAAUACAUGUGUUCGGAGUUAAAUAAAGCCAUGGACGGCAUGGGAACUGAUGAGGAGACUUUAGUUGAGAUUCUUUGCAGCAAAUCGAAUGAGGAGAUUCAACAAAUUGUUUCUGCCUAUGAGAAGCUCUAUGGCCGUCCAUUGGCAGAGCAUAUGUGCAGUGAAACUUCUGGGCAUUUUAGGCGCCUACUUACGCUUAUUGUAACUGGUACACGUGAUCCGAUAGGAUCUACCGACCCAGAGAAGGCGAAGGAAGAUGCUGCAGCACUUUACGCGGCAGGAGAAGCUCAACUAGGCACCGACGAAGAGGUCUUCAACUCUAUUAUGGCACACUCAAGCUUUGCUCAGUUGCGCCUUGUUUUCGAUGAGUACAAAGAGCUAUCGGGAAUGACAAUAGAACAAGCUAUCAAACACGAAAUGGACGGAGCUUUGCAUGACGCAAUGAUUGCUAUAGUUGAAUGCGUCCAAAGUCCAGCUGCAUUUUUUGCUAAGCAGCUUCACAAAUCGAUGGAUGGGAUGGGGACGGAUGAUGACCGCUUGAUCCGUAUCAUUGUCAGUCGUUCUGAAAUCGACCUGGGCACAAUCAAAGACGAGUUCGAGAGGAUCUAUGACCGAACGUUGCUGAGUGCGAUUGCGAGCGAAACUGGAGGGGAUUACAAGAGAGCUCUGUGUGCCCUUAUCAAGGAAUAAUUCUGACGUCAAUUGUUCGCUGGAUUCAAUUAAAUAUUUAUGUCCCUUAUUUAUGUUGUUUAAUUAGAGAAAUAAAUAGAAAAUAAAAA